AACUGGAACAUAACCUAAAGUAGUAUAAAAUUAAAUUGUUUAUAUUUUUUAUAGCAUUUUAUUUCAAAGAAAGAUUUUAGAUUUCCUAUCUUUGACAUUAUAGCAUAUUUGAUAACAUGCAGUUAUCUAGAACGGCUGUGAAAAUAUUGUUAGCCACAAACAGACAUAUACAUAGGAAUAUUUGUAGUGGCGUACAAAAUUUCAAUGUACCAAACACAAUAAUAAUUCAUGGAGAGUCCAGUCAAGGAACAUACCACAGUGUUUUAGACAAAGUGGAUGCAGAUAUCUCUACAAUUACACCACAUUUUCCUCCGUCUUUUAAUUUGGCCGCAUAUGUGAAUUCUUCAGAAAGCUUACAAAACUUAUUGAAACUGAAUGUGAAUUUAAGUAAAAUUGAAAAAAAGCCCUAUGUAGCUGAGAAAAUACUAAAACUAGAUUUUGAGAAAGAUAUUAAAGGACAUAUUUUUUUUCUAAAUGACUAUGUGGAUGCAGAAGCCUUAGGCGAAUUUAUUACCAAAAAUCCAUUAAUUCUGUGUCAACCACUUGAAGAUCUAGAAGUUAGAAUUAACUAUUUGAAGUCAAAAUGUUUUUCCAAUAUUCAGAUUAGAAGAAUUAUUUCGAAGAAUCCAUUUUGGUUAAUGUUCAGUACAAAACGCAUUGACAAGAGAUUGGGGUACUUUCAGGGGAAAUUUACUUUAUCAGGAGAAGAAGUCAGACUUCUUUCAACAAAACAGCCGAAAAUUAUAACUUAUAAUCUCCAUCAUAUUAAUACAAAUACAUUUGUUAUUAAAGAAGAGAUGGGAUUUGAAGAUAACGAAAUUAAACAAAUGAUAUUAAACAAACCUAAAUUGUGGAUGAUUGAUCAAAAAUGUUUAUUGGAAAGGUUUAAUUAUUUUCAUAAUGUAAUGAAAAUACCACAUUCUAUGUUGCUGCAAUUUCCAGAAGUGUUGUUGUGUAGAAACUUUAGAGUGAAACAAAGACAUUUGUUUUUACAGAAACUAGGGAGAGACCAAUUUGACCCAACAAAAGAAAAUUAUGUUCCAAUUAAAGCUUUAGUUGAAAAGACAGAUAUAGAAUUUUGUAGAAAUUAUGCAAAGUGUAAUAUUGAUGAUUUUAAUGUUUUCUUAAAAACACUUUGAAUUUAGUUAUCCAGCUUUGCCUAAAGAGACUUUAUUUCCAAAAGCAUUCAAUGAAUGGUAUAAAAGAGUGUCUAGAAUUCCAGCCACUGUAAAUACUCCACCUAUUAUUGCACAAAUGUUUGUAGCUAAAUGACCAAUAGACCUGAAACAGAUUAGAUAAAAUAUUGUUACAUCCCGGUUACAUCUAUGUAUGCAAUAAUGUUUGUUUGCUCUUUAAACUAUAUAUAUUAAAAUUAUUAAUAACUCA